UCUCUCGUGCUUGCCUCAUCCAAAUAUCAAACUUGGGAAAAGUCUACGGCUUUUUGGGGACUCUUCCUCUGAAGCACCUAAGCAUAUACCCAUAUCAGUUACCCCCAAAACUCUAAGUGACAUUGGCAACAAUAUGCUGACCCACACUCAACGCCAUAAGGACUCCUUGGGAAGGUAUAAGAUAAUUAAAGAGAAGCAUGAGAAUCAAGAGCAUUUUUUGCGUCCGGAGGACGGGAGAUUAGCCCCAUUAACUGUGCAGGGUAUUGAGAACACAGUUGGAUAUGGCAAUGUGCUCACUGGAGGCAGAACCUGGGCUUUCAAAGGCGAGUCGGGACGACACAUCACAAUUAUUAUGAGGCUACUUUGCUGGGUGCAUUCGUUUAGGUAUAAGGAUGGAAGCAUGGAGAAACGAGAUAUGUCUGAGGAUGGCUCAGCCAUGAUGCUUUUCCUCGUCUGGCUCCCAUGUUGCCUCAUUUUAACCUUACUGCUCUUCAUACCACAGAGCCUUGAAGGUCAAUUUAGAAAUCAGGGACUCUACGACCCUAUCCUUUAUCGAGACUGGCGUUAUCCGAAAGUAUCUCGAAACCGCUACGAGGGAAAAAACGAAGAUGAAUGUGAAGGAGAGGAAAGGGGGCAACACGGACCUAGAGACUUGGAAGCAAGAGCGAUUUCCCGCCCAAUUGCCACUACGCGAAGCAAUUCUAGCGGAACCAAAAACGAUAACGACGGAAUAUUGGCUCGGCAUUUUGGUCCCAGAUUUUUAUGCUUUGUUACAGGGAUCCACGAACAGAAUGGUGUUGAAUUCAAGACCUGCAGAGUAUCGGAUUGGAUUAGGGACAAUGGAGAGCACGCUUACAAUGGUUUCGUCUUCCUCUCGUAUACGCGACACCAGUUCUGCGUAGACUCAGAAGGCGAGAUCUAUGAUCCCAAGAGGUGGACCGAUCUUUCCGGAGAGCAAAGAGAAAACCUAGUGCCAAUAGCGAAGAGAGACCGGCAAGCUUUAUUGAAGAAAGGAGUCGAGGCUGCCCGUUCGGCUAAUAGGGUAGCUUUCUGGAUAGACUUCGAGUGUAUUCGGGAUAUAGACACUCAGCCAGAAGGUACUGCAGAGAACAGCGCCAAUAGCAAGAGCGACGACGUGUACAGAAUUUGCGACAUUGUGCGAGCGGCAUAUUCGAUGGUCAUCUUCGUGGGACCCUCGCUUGGAAGUAAAAUCCAGGGCACACCAGAGACAUAUAGUCAGGCCAUCACAAUAGAGUGGCUACAAGCAUAUGGGGAUAGACUUUGGACGCUCCCAGAGAUUCUUCUAUGUCCAUCUGAGCGCCGGAUCAAGUUGCACUUUUACGGCAAAGCUGGACCGCCUGAAGAGUUGGCCAAACGCGACUUUCCGGCCCGGGCCGUGUGGAAAGAUGCCGAUCGUGUAAGAGAACUUGUUGAUCAUUAUGAAUCAACAAUUGACUUGUCGCCUCUAGAAUUGGUCAGCAUUGCUCUGGAAUGCCUGGCGGAAAGAAACACGCAGAAGUUUAGGGAGGGUGAUAUCGCAUAUGCUCUUAUGGGGCUUCUGCGGCGAAGACCGAUGACUAACGACAAAGAUUCUAGCUUCGAGGCAUUUGCUAGAUUAUCAGUCGCUAAUGUCAGUGACGCGCUGCUAGAAAGACUAAUAUGCAUGCAGCCACUUCAUCGAGAUGCUCCGUGGUACGAAAUCAAAGACGAUUUUGGAGCACGACUCUGGGAUAUCGAGCCACGGUGCCAGGUAGCAGGUAUUGUCGACGACCAAGCUGUUACAUUAGAUGGUGCAGUCGGAGCCUCGAUCCGAUGGGAUCGAAUGGACCAGGUUGCCUUCUUCAAAAGACCGACAACUGCUCGUACUUUUGCAAAGGUUGCGCUUCGCACAAUGCCGGGCUACUUGCUUGCGGGUAUCGGGAUGGUAGGAUUUGUCGGUAGUCUGCUCUCCUACGACGGCAUUGGUGCAGAGUUAGGGGCCUUGGGAGCGGGUAUGCAGGGUCUCCUCGCGGUGGGAAUUAUCUUCCUCGUGCCGGGGGUGAUUGUCUUCUUGCUCGCUCCGUACAUGAUCUUUGAGCUUUACCGCGGCGAGUUCUGGUCUACGCAGGCCAUGUUCAUCGGCAUCGAGGGUGUGCCAGAUGACCUAGGCUGGGUUGAGCGUCACCUCUUCGGGUUGAACCAGGGACGGUUGAAGUGGAGCGUUGCGGGAAGCACAUUAUCGCAACACAAGCUCUCAACGUAUGAUGAGUGCGAGGCUCUCCCGCCAAAAGAGAGUACCCCUGCAUUAAAAUUCGCAAACGAAGCGAAGGGCAGCAACUAUACCAAUGUGGAGGAGAAACCAUUUACACUGAUCGAUAUAUAUACGCGUACUGCGACAGUAUAUUACGCCGUGCGACCGCCCACCGCUCUCAUCGUUUGCGGACAGGAAGGGGGAAUGCAGCGGGCGGUACUUUACUCGUAUGACUGGCGGAGAGGUACAUUUUCACGGGAGGCCGUAGUUCGAGUGAAAACGAUUGUGCUGGAGAGGAUGUUUAGGGUUGACCGCUUCCGAUUUGCUCUUAACCGAAAGAUGUGGGAGAAGCAUCCAGAAUCGCCAGGUUCUACGUCUGAGACAAGGCUAGAGUAACGCGUCAUAAUAAGCGAAUAGAGCUCAAAUCCAAACAGCGGAGCCGGUUCCUAUAGGACCAAGGGAAUGUUGAUUACAUUGUUUUUUUUUUUUUUUUUUUUUUCCUUGGACAACUGGGAGGGGAAUGAGUUGGAUGAGUUGUUGAUUGAGUUCUAAGUUUUCGAGUGGAUCAACUCUAGCAUGUACUGGUUAUCUACGAGGUAUCUUGGUACCUAGGUAGGUAUCUUAGGUACCUCUCCCCCGAGUCCCCCUAAGUUUCAGGUCGAGGUUUACGGCUGCCCGAGUACCUGAAGAGCUAGGGCGAGUCCAAGUCGGGCGGGGUCCUUAGGCCCUAGAGAACCUUAGUGCAAU